CCGUCAGGAACUUGUAGUUUUUUAUCUUGUCUUGUUGAUCUCAAAGCUUGGAAUUCGAAGAAACUAUCGUCAAAUCAAAUAUUUGAUUUAAACACGCAAUGUUGAAAUGAUAAUAUGUGAUGAAACAAAUUGUUUUCAAUCAGUGCCUUAUUCGUUUAUUGUUUAAAGUGUGACCGUACUAAAAUAAACAGAUGAGAGAUUCGACCAUCGGUGUUCAUUUGUUUUCAUUAUGACGAAGCGCCGAAGAAUACUUCACGCUGACAAAAUAAUACAAAAUGUUAUUAAUGUCUUCUGUUUGUUAAUGUUUUUACAGUUAAAAGGAUAUUAUUCGGUUGCAAGUAACCCAAUACUUCUCUAUUCAACGGCAUCUGACAUUCGUAUAGUAAACACUUCAAAACUCGGCAAAGUGAACACAAUAGUGAAAGAUCUUGAACAUGGCUCCGCAGUGGACUUCCACUACAGGAAGGAACUUGUGUGCUGGUCUGAUCAAAAUGCUGAGUUGAUACAAUGUAUGAAGUAUAAUGAGACGUACAUAGGAGAAAAGAUAAGGAUAGUCUCGCAAGGAUCACUCACGCCCACUGGCAUCGCGAUAGACUGGUACACAAACAAACUAUACUGGACAGAUGGAGACACUAAUAGGAUAGAAGUUAUUUGUAUAGAACAAAAGUAUAGAAAGGUUUUAUUCUGGUCCGAGGUUGACUUGGCCAGAGCCAUAGCCGUUGUUCCUAAAGAUGGGUUGAUGUUUUGGACGGACUGGGGUGAAAUACCUAAAAUAGAAAGAGCCGGCAUGAACGGCGACCCGGCCACGCGCAAAGUUAUAGUUAAAGAGAAUAUAUUUUGGCCAAACGGAAUUACGAUAGAUUACGACAAUAAUUUGAUUUAUUGGAUGGACGCGAAGCUUCAGUUUGUUGAUGUUAUUGAUUUUAAUGGCGAUAAAAGGAAGAGGAUUGUUAACGGCGGUCUUGUGUAUCCGUAUGCGCUAACGUUUUUCAAUUAUAAACUUUAUUGGACUGAUUGGAAAACUUGGUCGAUCCACACAUGGGAUAUAUCGACUAACGGGCCUUCAAUAAAAGAACUUAUAAAGUCGCACGAAGUACCUGUGGACAUUAAGGUGUACGACGCGACCAGGCAGCCGAUGCCUAGCGGAGACUAUCCGUGUAAAGAUAACAAUGGUGGAUGUUCACAUCUGUGUCUCCUGUCACCUACGCCACCAGGCUACAUAUGCGCCUGUCCCACCGGCUCCAAGCUGAAAGAAGACAGCAACACAACAUGUUACGACAGCCCGCAGUCCCUACUGAUCAUAGCCCAGCGGUCGGCGAUUUCCAAAAUAUCGCUCGACUCACCAGACUUCACGCCAUAUACCCUGCCAUUAAAGGAUCUGAAGAGAGCUCUCACUGUGGACUUUGAUCCAAAAUCGGAGUACAUUUACUGGGCUGACAACUUGGCUAAAACGAUAUCGAAGGCGCGUCUGGACGGCAGCGAGCAGUCCGUGGUGAUUCACAGCAGCGGCGUGCCCGACAGCAUCGCCAUCGAUCCCCUCGCGCGCAACAUCUACUGGACCGACCCCGUCACCGACACCAUCAAUGUGGCCAGGCUCGAUGGCACUUCAAAGAAGGUUAUCGUCCACAACGAUCUAUACGAUCCCCGCGCGAUCGCACUGCAUCCCACUGGCGGUUGGAUGUUCUGGUCGGAUUGGAACGAGAAGAAGCCCAAAAUAGAACGAGCUAACCUGGACGGCAGUGGACGUGUGCUGCUGAUAUCCGAGAAACUAACGUGGCCCAACGGCAUCGCGCUGGAUACCGUCGCUAACAAAUUAUACUGGUGUGAUGCAAGAACUAGGAAGAUCGAGGUAUGUAAUAUGGAUGGUACAGACAGAAAAGAAUUGCACAGUACUGAAUUACUGCAUAUUUUCGGAUUGACUUUGCUCGGAGACUAUCUCUACUGGACAGACAUGCAGAAGCGAACACUGGACAGAAUUAACAAGAAUACAGGUUUGGACAGACAGCCAGUGGUGGAGCAGAUGGCGAGCAUGAUGGGCGUGAAGGCGAUCCGCCUCGGCGAGGCGCUCGGCUCCAACCGCUGCGCGCUCCACAACGGCGGCUGCUCGCAUCUCUGCUUCAACAGGCCCGGGGACUACGUGUGCAGCUGUCCGCUGGUUUUGGAACUCGGCAGUGAUCGCAAGACUUGCGUGGAGCCCGAAGCGUUUCUGGUGUACAGUCGCAAGAACGUAAUUGGCAGGAUCAGCAUAGAGAAUGAAAACAACGACGCAGUGUUGCCGAUAAAGGAACUGAAGGAAGUCAGCGCUCUAGCCGUGCAUGUGUCUGGAGCUAAAUUGUACUGGUCAGACAGCAAAAUGAAAACAAUCAGUCGAUGUUCUAUAGACGGAACUAAUGUGGAGAAGAUAUUAGAGUGGAUGGGAUUAGUUGAAGGUCUCGCAAUCGACUGGGCGGGGCAGAACAUCUACUGGACGGACACGGCGACGCAGCGCAUCGAGGUGGCGCGGCUCGACGGCUCCAGCAGGAGAGCGCUCAUCUGGCAAGGGCUGAAGAAACCGAAGAGUAUUGUGCUCGACCCUAAGAAAGGAUACAUGUACUGGUCAGAACUCGGUUCGAAGAGUAUUAAACGCGCCGCCAUGGACGGGUCAUCGCCUACCGUGUUUAUGGAGCAAGUAGGCAGGGUCCACGCCCUCGCCAUAGACUACGAGAAGCGUGCCAUCUACUGGGCGGCACUGGACCCGCCCGUCAUAGAGUUCGCGUACCUCAACGGCACUGGCAGGAGGACGUUAGCGGACGACAUACCGAUGCCGUUUGCACUCACACUGUAUAAUGAUUCGGUGUUUUGGGGCGAUUGGAAUACGGGUAUAGUAGAGAGCGCCAAGAAACGCGACGGGUCCCAGCGCCGGGCGGUGCACGCCGGGCUGGACUACCUGUCCGACCUCAAGGUGUUCGGCGGCGCGGGCGCGAGCGCGGCAGGCAGCAACCAGUGCGGCGCCGACAACGGCGGCUGUGCGCACCUGUGCCUCGCCGCGCCCGCCGACUACCGCUGCGCCUGUCCAGCGCACUACCGCCUCGCCAGGGACAACGUCUCCUGCACCGAACCGGAAGAAUUUCUGUUAUUCGCCCAAAAGAACGCAGUUGGUCGGAUAUUGGUGGCCAAUGGGGAGAGCAAUGACGCGUUCAUACCUUUGACCGGCUUGAAGAACGUCAAAGCCAUCGAAUACGACCCUGUCAAUAAGUUCUUAUACUGGAUGGACGACGACUCGCACGCGAUACGACGCGUUCCCAUAUCGUACUCGACGACAUCAGCUGUGACCGACUCGUCGCCGGUGGUGACGGGGCUCUCGCACCCCGUCCAUAUGGCGCUGGACGUAUUGGGAAGGACCCUCUACUGGACAUGUUCCGAUACAGACUCGAUAAACGCGACCACUAUCGAUACCAACUCGUCUGUCAGCGUCAUUGUUAGAGGAGAUAACAUGAUGCCACGACACCUCGCUUUUCAUCAGACCAAGAGACUGUUGGUGUGGAACGACGUAGGCCGUGGCGCCAUAACACGCGCGAGUGUAGACGGCACCGCGCGUGUGGACCUCGCGCACGUGGCCAACACCACCGCGCUCGCCAUCGACCAGCCCGCCGCCACCGUGUAUUGGGCCGCCGAGCGACAGAUACACGCCAUCGACCUCGACGGAUCCAACAAGCAGCUGGUGUGGCAGGGCGGCUGGGCGAGGCGCGCUGCGAUACACGGCGGCGCGCUGUACCUGGGCGGCGGCGAGCGCGCGCUGGCCCGCGUGCCGCUACACCACCGCGACGCACCCGCCACCUCCAUGCCGCACCUCGCCCGGCUCGUCGCGCUGCGGCAACUCACCAAGACCGCGCGCACGCACGCGUGCUGGCUGGGCGGGCGCUGCGGCGGCAGCGCAGGCGCGUGCAGCGCAGGGGGAGCGUGCGGGUGCGCGCCGCACUGCCAGGCAGCGCCGCGCUGCGCCGCGGACCACUUCCUCUGCGACGCGCAUCUGCCGCGCCCGCGCUGUCUGCUCAACGACUGGAAAUGCGACGGUCAGAAGGACUGCGCGGACGGGUCGGACGAGGCGGAGUGCGGCGCGUGCGGCGGCGGGCUCGUGCGCUGCGCGGACGGCGCAUGCGCCAACGCGCUGCACGCUUGUGACGCCGGCGUCUACUGCGCCUCCGCGCAGCUGCCCGACGCCUUCCGAUGUGACGACCGUCUAUGUCUGGCGGCACGUCUGCUGUGCGACGGCCGGCAGCACUGUGACGACGGCUCUGACGAAGCGCCCGCAGCCUGCGGGUACACGCACAAGGAUCAGGUUCGAUACAACACACAACAUAAUGCCUUAUUAAUGUUAAUACAAACUCGCGGCAGUCGCGGCUGGAGCGCGUUCGUGGUGUGCGGGCUGGUGGCGGUGGGGCUCGGCGCGAUCAUCGUCGAGUCCGGUGUCGCGCUACCCGCGGCCCACGGCGAACCCCCCGCCGAGCCCGGCGACGGCGAGCGGCGGCGGGAACACGCCGCGGCGGCACCACUACCGCCACCUACCGCGCCAUGA